AUGGAGAACAAGAUGGCGGACCUCGAUUCCCCUCAGAAGCUGUCAGGGAUUUCUCCGCCUGAGGGGAUGGGAGGAGGCCGCUGCUCGGAAAUCUCCACCGAGCUCAUUCGCUCCCUGACCGAGCUGCAGGAGCUGGAGGAUGUAUACGAACGGCUCUGCGGCGAGGAGAAAGUGGUAGAGAGAGAACUGGAUGCUCUUUUGGAACAGCAAAACACCAUUGAAAGUAAAAUGGUCACUCUACACCGGAUGGGUCCCAACCUGCAGUUGAUUGAAGGAGAUGCAAAGCAGCUAGCUGGAAUGAUCGCCUUUACCUGCAAUCUAGCUGAGAAUGUGUCCAGCAAAGUCCGUCAGCUUGACCUGGCUAAGAACCGUCUCUAUCAAGCCAUUCAGAGAGCUGAUGAUAUCUUGGACCUGAAGUUCUGCAUGGAUGGAGUUCAGACUGCUUUGAGGAAUGAAGAUUAUGAGCAGGCUGCUGCCCAUAUUCAUCGCUACUUGUGCCUGGACAAAUCAGUCAUUGAGCUCAGCCGACAGGGCAAAGAAGGCAGCAUGAUUGACGCCAACCUGAAAUUGCUACAGGAAGCUGAGCAGCGUCUCAAAGCCAUUGUAACAGAGAAGUUUGCCAUUGCUACCAAGGAAGGGGAUUUGCCUCAGGUGGAGCGCUUCUUCAAGAUCUUUCCACUCCUGGGUCUGCAUGAGGAGGGAUUAAGCAAGUUCUCAGAAUACCUUUGCAAGCAGGUGGCCAGUAAAGCUGAAGAGAAUCUACUGUUGGUGCUGGGGACAGACAUGCGUGACCGGAGGGCUGCAGUCAUCUUUGCAGACACACUCACUCUUCUGUUUGAAGGUAUUGCCCGCAUUGUAGAGACCCACCAACCAAUAGUGGAGACAUAUUAUGGGCCAGGAAGACUUUACACCCUGAUAAAAUACUUGCAGGUGGAAUGUGACAGACAAGUAGAGAAGGUGGUAGACAAGUUCAUCAAGCAGAGGGACUACCACCAGCAGUUCCGACAUGUCCAGAACAACUUGAUGAGAAAUUCUACAACAGAAAAAAUAGAACCAAGGCUUGUAGUAAGCUUUGAAAUUGGGAAGUGGAAGAAAAGUGAGUAUUUCUUUCUUGGCUGUCCCCUAGAGCACCAGAAGUGUCUGGACAAACUCCUCAAUAACUGCCUCUUGAGCUGUACCAUGCAAGAGCUAAUUGGUUUAUAUAUUACCAUGGAGGAGUACUUCAUGAGGGAGACUGUCAAUAAGGCUGUGGCUCUGGACACCUAUGAGAAGGGCCAGUUGACAUCCAGCAUGGUGGAUGAUGUCUUCUACAUUGUUAAGAAGUGCAUUGGGCGGGCUCUGUCUAGCUCCAGCAUCGACUGUCUCUGUGCCAUGAUCAACCUUGCCACCACAGAGCUGGAGUCUGACUUCAGGGAUGUUUUGUGUAACAAGCUGCGGAUGGGCUUCCCGGCCACCACCUUACAGGACAUCCAGCGCGGGGUGACGAGUGCUGUGAACAUCAUGCACAGCAGCCUCCAGCAAGGCAAAUUUGACACAAAAGGCAUUGAGAGCACUGACGAGGCCAAGCUGUCCUUCCUGGUGACCCUGAACAACGUGGAAGUCUGCAGUGAGAACAUCUCCACAUUGAAGAAGACUCUGGAGAGUGACUGCACCAAGCUGUUCAGCCAGGGCAUUGGAGGGGAGCAGGCCCAGGCCAAAUUUGACAGCUGCCUUUCUGACUUGGCUGCCGUGUCCAACAAAUUCCGAGACCUCUUGCAGGAAGGGCUGACGGAGUUAAACAGCACAGCCAUCAAGCCACAGGUGCAGCCGUGGAUCAACACCUUCUUAUCUGUCUCCCACAACAUCGAGGAGGAAGAAUUCAAUGACUAUGAGGCUAAUGAUCCUUGGGUACAACAGUUCAUCCUUAACCUGGAGCAACAAAUGGCAGAGUUCAAGGCAAGCCUGUCCCCAGUCAUCUAUGACAGCCUGACCAGCCUCAUGACCAGCCUUGUUGCCGUUGAGUUGGAGAGAGUGGUGCUGAAAUCCACCUUUAACCGGUUGGGCGGUCUGCAGUUUGAUAAGGAGCUGAGGUCACUCAUUGCCUACCUUACCACAGUGACCACCUGGACCAUCCGAGACAAGUUUGCCCGGCUCUCCCAGAUGGCCACAAUCCUCAAUCUGGAGCGGGUCACUGAGAUCCUAGAUUACUGGGGUGCCAACUCUGGCCCACUGACAUGGCGCCUCACCCCUGCCGAAGUACGCCAGGUGCUGGCUCUACGCAUGGACUUCCGCAGCGAGGACAUCAAAAGGCUGCGUCUGUAGCUGCCAGGGGGAGCCCACCUGGUCCAUCAUACUUCAGGGCCCAUUCCCUAAGUGGCCACAGCCAAGAAGCUGAGCAAGGAUGUCUGGCUUGAGGAGCUCUGACAGCCCGACUGUUCCACUGCGGGCAGCAGGAAACAAGGCUCAAUUCACUCUGCUGUCUGCACUCAGACCUGUCUCGGUGGUGCUUUGCAGGCAGUCUCUCCCCA